UUGUGCUAAAUUAGCUAAAAGCUUCGGUUAUCGUUAUAUUGGUAUCCAAUCAUAUGGUGAAUGCUGGUCAGGUGAUCCAACAGCAGAUUUGUUUAAAUAUCGAGCAAUCAAUCCACACAAAUGCUGGGGUUUUAAACCCCAUUAUUCAAAAUGUGAUGAUGAAGCAGAGACAGAAUGCACAGGAACCCCAGAGUAUAAUUAUAUCUACGAACUUUACCUUACUGGUAGCAAAGGUAGGUACAGAUUUGCACUGUACUUUUCAAUAAUAAUAAAAUACAUGGUGAAGGGGAUCUGGGUCGUAGACAUUGUGUAGAAUUUCCAAAGUAGAGCGGUCAACAAGUUUUCCUAAGGAUGAUUGGUUACUUAUAAUUAGCCUUUUGUGAUUGGUAUAAGCGCGCAUUCGCUACACCCUUGGUAUAUCUUUGGUGAACACCGUUAAGUUUUGAAGGAAAGGCAAAACGAGCUGCUUCGACCAUUAUCUUAUUAAUUGGAAUUUUCAGGGUGCCCAGGAGAAAAUGCAAUAGACAUGCAUGUUCCAGAUUUUUACACAGCUAAUUAUUAUACUAUUAGUGGGUAUAUCGAAAAUUGAAUCUAUAAAGAUAUGAAUUUUGAUAUAAGAUUAAUAAAAUUCACUUGUAGAACCAAUGUUAUGGCUGUUUAAAAUAAAGUAUGGUCCACCCAACGCCAAUGGACCAAUCCAUCAAACCGGGGGACCAUUUUUACGCGCUGGUCGCGGAAACUAAUUAACAAAAUGAAAAGAACUUCCAAAAUGACCUGAUGUGAGCAGUUGCUCGCGCCAUAUCACGCCAUUGUGCGUGUUCUAUAGCGUUUUAUGUCACUGAAUUGCUGACGUCAUUAGAAUUUUCUAUUUUAGAAAAACAAUGCGCUAUAUCUCUUUAUUUUGUCUGGUGACCUAUGUUCAAAUUUUGCAUGCUGUAUUGCACCGCUAAAAACUUUAAUUAUACAAAAAAUAAAAAAUUCUGUAAUGCCAAAAAAUUUUUACCGAAGAAUAUAACAUUUUCGCAUUUUCUAAAAAAAUGGCACUACAAAAUUUUUUUAUAUUUUGCUAAAGGUUAGCUUUUCGUCCAAGUAAAAUAGUGCACGAAAAAAAAUUGGGGGUCACCAUCAUAGUCACCAUGCUUCUUUUCCAACUAUACGAGGCGAUAGACCAUUUUGGAGUGAAUUUCGUACACGUAUGUCGUCAUAGCAACGAACUAUAUCUGUUACUAAAACUAAUAUAGCCUAUAAUUUGAAAGUAGAGUUAUCAAAAUAUAUAAAAAUCCUAAUAUCUGCUGAAUAAAUCCUAAAAUGCGUAGUUUGAACAUGUCAAAGUGUUGAACCAGUGGCGUAACAUUAUAUCAGGGGGCCUCCGGUUCAAAAUUUUCGAAGGCCCCCCUGGUAUAAGUGCCAAAAGCACGUGUCGACCGCCGUAUAUACACAAGUUAUUUAGGAGGUCUAGUGUAUGUUCACCCAGAAAGUUUUUGAAUCUAGAGUCUCUGAAAUGCCAUUUCCCGGACUUUGGGGAGAGAUUUUAUACAGAAUUCUGAUGGAGUGAUGAUCAGAAAACGACAUUGUAACACAUCAGAGGUCCCGGUCACUACAGCCUGUGGAGGCCCCCAUUUGGCCCAUUGGGGUUGGGGCCCCCGGGCUCUCCCGGUCCGAGCCCAUAGAGUUAUGCCACUGUGUUGAACACUUGAAUUUUUGAAAACUGUAUCGAGACACCUUAAAAUCUAGCAAAAAUAUAAUGCUAUAUGUUAUCUGGCAAAUAAUAACAUUCCAUUUUUAUUUGUUUUAUUUUAUUUUAUUUUAGAAUCGCCAUGUUCGUCUUUGCCAUGUUAUAAUGGAGGAAAUUGUACUGAAGUUGGAGAUUCUUUCGUUUGUAAAUGUGCUUGUGGAUACAAGGGACAACAAUGUGAAAUGAAAGGUAUACGUAUAACUUCCUGUUUGAAAUUAUUUAAAGAAUUAUUAUUUUAAAGCGCCUUACUUUGCACCAGACUAAUCUCAUGGCUCCCCUACGUAACAAUUUGGUAAAGUGCUAUUUUUAAAACAUUUAAAAAUGUUUUAAAAUUAGAAUGUCUUAUAAAUUAUAACUUUAUAACUGUUUAUGUGAUUUGGUGUCCAAGCCAAAUCCACUCAUUUACCUUUUUCAACCUAUAUAGUAUUAAAUAUUAUAAAGUAAUCACUUUCUGGAACCUUUUUGGUAAAGGAUAACAAAAUAUGAAUAUAUAUAUAUAUAUAUAUAUAUAUAUAUAUAUAUAUAUAUAUAUAUAUAUAUAUAUAUAUAUAUAUACAGGGUGUAUCAAAAAAAGCGCAAUCCUCGACUGAAAUGUAAAUUGCUAAACAAAUAAUAGAUGAAAACGUUAAAGUUUACAUUCAUUUAAAAGCGUAGCCAUUCAGCUUUCUAACAGUGGGUUGUUUCUUAAAUUUGACUCAUUGGUUCGCGGCUAAUAAUACUUUACGUUAUUGCGAUUGGAGAUUAAAAAAAUUGAGAUGGAAUAACAAAUCGUUCUCAUGAAAAUAACUGAUUUUUUCAUUAAAACAAAAAAAUGUUGCAUUUUAUUAAAUGGAUUGUAACAAUAAGUAUAAUUACGGCUUUUCUUCCACUAUUUUUAACUCAGUUUGAAACUUCAAAUGCGAUAUAAUUUUGGCUUGGACCAUCUAAGCUGACUGACAUCAACUUGCUAUAAUUUCUGUUUACAUUACAUCGCAAUUCGAUGACACUCUGGCUCAGACACCAGAAUGUUUUGACGAUUCUUAGCAUUCGUUUAGGAUUUUCAAACAACCUGGUCUCUUUUAAAAUACUUCUAAUUUGUUCUUACGUGGUUUUCCAGAUGUAGUGACGACAACAUUAAAGUUUAAAGAAGAAAAUUCUAACAUUUAAACCGACUAAACAAUAACAUAGUAAACUUGCAUAAUUAAACAGCAACUAAAAAUGAUAAGUUUUACUAAAUCUUUUCCUGUGCAAUUAUUACUAGCAUUGGAGACAAGGAUAAUAGUUUGUUUGAAAGAGAAAAGAACAGGCUUUGAAGUAAGCCUAAAAGAGUUUAACUAAAAAUAGUAUUUGGAAAGUUAUUAAGCACAAAAGAUGAAUUGCGUUUAUUUUGAUACACCCUGUAUAUAUAUAUAUAUAUAUAUAUAUAUAUAUAUAUAUAUAUAUAUAUAUAUAUAUAUAUAUAUAUAUAUAUAUAUAUAUAUAUAUAUAUAUAUAUAUAUAUAUAUAUAUAUAUAUAUAUAUAUAUAUAUAUAGUGAUCAUGGUUGACCAUACCAACAAAAAUAUUUCUAUAAAGUCGUAAAUUUUAAAGUGAAGUAUGAAAUUUGAAACAAUUAACUUCAUUUGAACACAAAUAAUUUGAAAUUUUACUUUUUAUUAUUUUAACAGUAGGGUUGAGUGAUUCGACGAGACAAUGUCAUUGCAUGGAUGAGUUAUAUUAUAUCAAAAGUUAAUUGUUUUCGCUGUUACUGUGCACAAGUUUAUGCGGUGAAAAUAAAAAUAUGGAACAAAUUUUCCGGCCCAUUCGAUUGAUUAUGGAUUGAUUGACCAUGUCCAUGUUUCCUUUACCGCUCUCCUUACCAGAUAAAAUAUAAUAUUCUUACUUUGGUUUUCAUUUUCAAGUAUCACCAUGUGCCUCAGCCCCAUGUAUGAACAAUGGUAAUUGUACAAAUGUUGGAAAUUCGUUCCUAUGUAAAUGUCCAUGUGGCUUCAAGGGAACACGUUGCGAGAAAGAUGGUUUGUAUAAUUUUAUUUGA